AUGGGUAUUCCUGGAUUUUUGGAAAAGCAGACAUUGAGUCAUCAUGCAGGGAGAAAGGUUGGGUAUUGGCUUUCUGAUGCUUAGUUUGCUUGGCUGUUUAUGUGAUGCUCAAUCUGUCUACAAGCCUUUAAAUGUAGAUUCCCAAGCCCAACCAUCCUUUGGGAGACCCCUGCCUACCCAGGCUGCUGUCACAGCCCGACCACCCUUUGGGAGACCACUGCCUACCCAGUCUUCGAUCCCAGUCCGACCACCCUUUGGCAGGCCUGUUGCUACCCAGUCUUCGGUCCCAGUCCGACCCACCUUUGGCAGGCCUGUUGCUACCCAGUCUCCGGUCCGAGUCCGACCCACCUUUGGCAGGCCUGUUGCUACCCAGUCUCCGGUCCCAGUCCGACCCACCUUCGGUAAACCGCCAGUUACCCAAGGUCCUGUCACACCCCGCCCAACAAUUAAGGAACCUCCACAGCCCAAGCCAGACUCCGUAAAGGCCCAUUGUGGAGAAACUUCAGUCCAGUUGGAGGUUGAUGUGGACCUGUUUGGCAUCGGCAAUCUGAUCCAGCCUUCUGAUAUCACCCUGGGAGGCUGUGAUCCUAUUGGACAGGAUCAUUCUUGGCUCCUGUUUGAGACCCAGCUGCAUGCUUGCGGUAGCACACUGAUGAUGACUGAGGAUACUCUAGUGUAUACAUUCACCAUCAGCUACCAACCCAAAGCAAUUGGGGUUACUCCCAUUAUCAGGACCAAUGAUGCAGCUGUUGGUGUCCAGUGCCACUACAUGAGGCUGCACAAUGUGAGUAGCAAUGUGCUGAAGCCAACAUGGAUUCCCUACUACUCUACCCUGUCUGCUGAAGAUCUCCUUGUCUUUUCCCUGAGGCUCAUGACCGAUGACUGGCGGAUGGAGAGGCAGUCCAAUGUCUUCUUCCUGGGAGACCUCAUCAACAUUGAGGCCUCUGUGAUCCAGGCUAAUCAUGUGCCCCUCCGUGUGUUUAUGGACACCUGCGUGGCUACUUUGGCUCCCAACAUGGAUUCUGUCCCCAGAUAUGCAUUUAUUGACAACCAAGGGUGUCUAAUGGAUUCCAAGCUGACAAGCUCCCGCUCCAAGUUCCAGUCCAGAAUAAAGGAUGACCUACUGCAAGUUCAGCUAGAUGCCUUCCGGUUUGCUGCAGAGACCAGGAGCGAGAUCUACAUUUUCUGCCACCUGAGAGCCACUGCAGCUUUACCUGAGUCUGAGGGCAAGGCCUGCUCUUUCCUACCUUCAAAGCAUGGGUGGGUUAGUGCAUCUGGAAAUGAUCAGGCAUGUGGCUGCUGUGAUAGUGGUUGCUCUGUGAGGAAGGGUAGGAGUCUGGAACCUGCAGCUGCACAGUACUCUAGCAAUGCCUUCCUAGGACCCAUCGUUGUCCAGAAGCCUACUAAUGACAUUAUGCCUGAGUUGAGCACUCCGUUGAAGGCAGAAGACCACAGAGCAGCAGGAGUUUCCCCUGAGGCUGUGGUUGUGGCAGGAGUGGUGGCUGCAGUGGGACUGGUCUGCACUGUUGUGCUGGUGACCGUGCUCCGAAGAUCCAAGCCUACAGCUUUGUAAUUGCAUGGGUGGAAUUUUGAAUAAACAUUGGAAACUUGAAA